AAAACAGGUGGUUUUAAUUAAUUAUCCUCCAGUGAGGAGUUCCUCAGAAACAUGUGGCCUGAUUCAAGUAAAUGUUAGGCUUAUGUAUUUUAGAAUAGCAUAAUCUAUUACAUAAUUUUAUGUAGGAGCAGUUUCUGAAAGGAAGAUGUAAAUGUGUGAAACGAAAUAUAUCGAAUCUUUAAAUUGGAUUGAGUGAUUCAUUCCAAGACGACCCUGAGACAUGAAUUUGAGAAAACGAACAGCUAAAAAUGGCUGGAAUGAAUUUUGGAGUCAGUUUUUACUUUUUAUAUACAACAUCUAAGGGCCUAUAUCAAUACAUGUAACAAAAGUAUCAAUCGCAAUAGUGCACCUUGGAGAUAUCUAGAUUUACUGAUGAUUUGUUCAUAAAAGACAAUCCUUUGACUAGAUUAUGAGCUGUUUGAUAAAAUUUAGAAUUUUAAAAACGAUUUAAAGCUUAACUGGACUUGAUAACUCUUUCAAAUAGGCUUUACAAAGGGUAUUUGAUGGAAGGCUAAAGAGACAUGAUUCUUGAGUUCAAAGAGUUAGAACAGUACAGCGUAUGGAGUCUAAAGAAAUUUUAUUUAUGAUCGUCAGUCAAAUCGAAGAAAAGUAGCAAAAAGUUCUUUCUCUUUGACUCCAACAGGUACCUGAAAUCUUUCAAACAUGGAAAAUAACCAAAGCGUACUGUAAAAAAUUAACCGUUCCUGUGAAAUGAAAGAAAAUAAUUUAGUAAAAGAAUCUGGGUUGGAAUCUAACAUGAUUAAAAAUAAACUGGACCAAACUGAGGAUUACCAGCAUGAAUCUGGGUCAAGUUGCAGCAGUGACGGAGGAAGUUUUUCAAGUUUUAGUACAGCUUACACUUCAAAUCUCAAUAAUUCCACUCGCUUGAGAGAUAUCUCAGGGAACGGAUAUCAGAAAAACAAGAGCUCAAAGAAUAAAAAGCCUGGUAAAUCGUUUACAAAGUUAGAUAGCAUUUACAAGGCCAUCAAUGAGCUAUAUGAAGAGGAAAUCGUUCCAACUGUUCAUGAGAUCAGGCGUAAGCUGAACAAAAACGAAGGAUCCUGCAUAAACGGCCAGAAACUGCUAAAACUAUGCUCUAAUGACCAGAAGUUCCAAAUCAUAAGGCUUCAAGGUCCAGGUCCUAACUCCAGGGACAUCCCAAACGAAUGGGCUAUUUUGAUCAGAAGCAGACCUUUUAAGCACUUCAACAAGGUUGUGGACCAGGAUCUUGUGAAAGUGGCCUCCGAUUACCUGACUUUCAUAUCAACGUACCAGUAUUACAUGUUGUCUGAGCAAAGUGAGAACAAACAACUCCACGAUAUGAAUUUCGAGUGCAGAAUCAUUGAUGCCUAUACCAAAUUAUUUGAACUCGACAUCUCAAUCGUCCCAGUUGAAGACAUAUUCAACGUUGGAGGCAGGUACGUGUUUGCCGAGCACUUGAAGAAGAACGGCCCAAAGGAGUUUAGGAAUUUAUCAUUGGGAACAAUCGUAAAAGUUGUUCAGAAAUUGAACGAAAUGGGCUUGUUGGUCUAUAGGGGAAAUUGCCUGGUCCCCGUAGUGACCUCUAAGUCAGCGGCAAACAAAUUCAACAACAACGCAACUAACAGAUUGGAUCAAGAACAACUUUCCAAGAUAAGAACAGAGGUGCUGAGCCUUUUUAACAUCGAAUCCAUAAUACCUCUUAGUUCUCUACCACUAGUGUACAAACGUGUCCACGGUGUUGACCUCAAGUAUCGCGACUUGGGCUACGAGAAAUUAUCAGAUUUUAUUAAAAACGAGGUUCCAACGUGUAGAAUAACAACCCAUUCCAACCAGUUUGUCGCAACCAUCUGUUCUGAUGAUGAAGAUGGUGUUAGUGUAAACAAUUCACCUGAUGAAACCCCAGAUGUCACCAAAUGCAGUUUUAACCAAUCUUACACAUCGCAAAAUUGCCUUUGUACUUCCUUUACCACUGUAUUAUAUCCUCUUAAAAUUACUCGCAUUUAAUAUUAUUUUUCACUUA